AUGGGCAAUCGCAUCUCCGUGCGCAUCAUCGCCGCGCCGGCGGCAGCGCUCAUCUUCCUCGCGCUGAUCCUCGUCGCCGGCGCUGUGGGGACGCUGCAUCACAACGGCAAUAUCACGUCGACACACGGCGUCGUCGUAAACGAUCGGGCGAUGAGGCCGCUUCCGCGCAAAAUGCAUGCUGUCGAGGCCGUCCAGCCGAAGAAAGAACCCAUCAGCAACAGCCACGACGCGAGCCAGGGCGGCGAGCCGCUGCCGAGGGGCCUCGCGCACGACACGACCAACCUGGAGAUGGAGGCGUCGUUGGCUGGCAACCCCGAGCGGAAGCACGAAGCCGCGGCGAAGCCCAAGAGCCUCCUGGCGAUCCCCGUGGGGAUCAAGAACAAGGCGGUGGUCGACAGGCUCGUCUCCAGGUUCCCCGCCGACGACUUCACCGUCAUGCUCUUCCACUACGACGGCGCCGUGGAGCAGUGGGGCGACAUGGAGUGGUCGGACCGCGCGAUGCACGUGUCGGCGAAGGGCCAGACCAAGUGGUGGUUCGCCAAGCGGUUCCUGCACCCGGACGUGGUGGCGGAGUACGACUACGUCUUCGUCUGGGACGAGGACAUCGAGGUCGACGCCUUCGACCCCGUCCGGUACCUCGACGUCGUGCGCAGGGAGGGUCUCGAGGUGUCGCAGCCGGCGCUCGACCGCCGAUCCGAGAUCCACCACUCCAUCACGGCGAGAGCUCUCAUCCAGACCGAGGACGGUGUGCACCGGCGCGUGACGAACUCGCGCUGCGACGGCGACAGCAAGGCGCCGCCGUGCGCGGGGUGGGUGGAGGUGAUGGUUCCCGUGUUCUCGCGCGCCGCGUGGCGGUGCGCGUGGCGGAUGGUGCAGAACGACCUCAUCCACGGGUGGGGGCUCGAUUACAAGCUCGGCUACUGCGCGCAGGGCGACCGCGCUGUCAACGUCGGGGUGGUGGACAGCGAGUACGUGCUCCACCGCGGCGUCCCCAUGCUCAGCGACGGCAGCGGCAAGGCCACGCCGUCGGCAGGGCGGGCCGCGGUGAGGUUGCGGUCGUUCAGGGAGAUGCAGAUAUUCAACAGGAGGUGGGAGCAGGCCGCCGCGGAGGACGGAUCCUGGAUGGAUCCUUACGCCGCACAGCCAGCGACGGCGAGCUCCAGAUGA